AGCAAAUCUUCUGGACCCCCUAGACAGUUCAAACAAUCUCAGAACUCGCGUCGAAUAACAUCAUCGACUUGUAGUAGCACGCAAAAGGCAAACAAGUCUUGGGCAAGGCCUCAGGUCAAGAAAACAAAGAUAAACUCGUAUAGGUGCUCCUUCUACAACUGCCACAGAAGAAAGUCGACUGUAGCUGCGCUUGUUUUCCUGCUAGUCGGAAUUCCUGCGCCCUUUCACUAGCACCGUAGGAAGAAAAGAUGACGCUCAACUGCAUCAAAUUUUGCUCUCUGCCGAUGUGGUUGUCGGCAGUGUUAUUGUCGACGACUUGUGAUUUUUCUUCGUCUUUUUUCCUGCCAGUCAAGGGGUACGCACUCUCCUCGCGCAGCUCGCAAAUCGCCGCGACGCAGCAGCAGCGGCAGCCGGGGCUGCAGAUGACGAAAAAAAAUGCGAUCAGGACCACAAGCGGCCGUAACAAGAAGCUCGACCAGGAGCCGACGGGGAAGACUGCGUUGCUGGAGAAGAAGGAAGGGUGCAUUGAGCCUGAGCCCACAAGCCCACCACGGACCACCGUUACACAGGACAAGAUUCGGGUGCCGGCGCCGGGGGCAACAAGCCCAAGCCAAGGGGAUGAUGAAAUGUUGCAGGCGUCGGGAGCCGGAUCGGGCAAGUCGGUCGGAGAAGAAAAAUCACCCAAAGAGGAAGACUCGUCCACAGGCGCGACCCAGCCGAAGACUCCUGCUCAACAAGAGGACAAAAUAAACAAUCAUGCUCGCACAGAAUCAGAAGUUGAAGUUGCGGACCCGAAGACGUUGUGUGGCGCGACGGAGGAAGACGACAAUGAAUGGUGUCCCACGACCGCUUUACCCGCAAUGCUUUUUCGCCGGGCCGUGGCCCUACAUUGAGUCGGUGCAGCCGGUUUCUGCUGGUGAACAAGAUGGCGACAGCAGCAAGCUUCAUCUGGGCAACUGGGCGAGACCGGCCAAAGACGCCGUCUGCUGCCCGAAGCAAGGCGCACCGUCCGGCGGUGAAGAUGCUACAACAGGUGCCAUCUUCGACCAGGAUUGCUGUGAGGGGGCGAAAGCAAGGAAGCACCUCCCGGAUUGCGAGGAAGUGGAAAAUCAAAACGAUUUUACUUGCCCGGGGACCGACGGCGGCUUCCAUCCCUGUUGCAGUUGUGAGAUCCGCAGUUCAUUGGAAAGUUGCGAGGGGACGGAAGGGUAUUGGAUCCGUGACUGGAAGCACUGUGCCUGGGGAAGUAAAAUUAUUCCCACCGGCACAAAAAUAUAUGAAAAUCUUCGAGAGGGAUCGGCAACAUCCUCGACGCCGGAUUGGGUGCGGCAAAUCUACGAUGCCGAACUGCUGGGUGCAACAUCUUUUUCUUGCAUGGAUUGCUCGAAGAUGAAAUCGAAGGACGAAUGCGAGAGAUUGGGGAUCCGGAUCGGCGUGAAAGUAUCUUCACGCGACGCGCUUUCAUCAUGCCAGUAUCCUCGGUGCACCACGAGCCUCCCCCUCCUGUCUUCAUACCAUACAUAGCAUGCUCUAAACUUGUUUACAACUUAGCGCGCGCGCGCGCGCCUUAGCUAACAACUUUUCCGAGUCACAGUCGUGGUACAAUUUAAGUAUUUGGUAUGCACAGGGACGAAGGGGGCCAUGCAUUGGAAGGACCUUCCAAGGGUGCCCUUCAAGGUUUUUGUACUGUUUCCACAAAUGAAGUUUCCUCUCGUCCUCGAGGUGCAGAUGAAUAUCGUAUAAAAGUAGUGGGGGGAGGCUACAAUUUCUCAGGAUAGCACAUGGAAGGACAACACUUGCAAAGUCCGCGCCACAUUGGAGCAUUACGAAACCUAGUUUCCGUAUUCUGUUUUGUUCAUCGUUGGCUUAGAGACGAUGCACAAUACACACUAACUCUCGACUUUUUAUUUAUGAAUACUAUUUGGGCCUUCAUCGCACUACGAUAUGCUGUUGAUUUGCUUGCUUUAUUCGCAGCGAAAACUACUGCCAUUUUUCUGGGUCACUUGUCAAAGAGAUCAACUCUUGUAUCAACUAAUAUACGACGCACAAAAGGGACUAAACUCUCUGCUUUUUGGAGAGUUGCUUAGGUUGUCGAAGUUGG